AUGAAGAUCAGGGGGGAUGAACUAGAAUCCAGGGGUACAAAAAUUAGGGCACUAGGCCCAUUCAGAAAUGAGUCCAAUGGCACUUUUUUGUUCAAUUAUCCUUUUGCUGUACAAAAAUACCCUGGGCCAAGGCAACAAAUUUAUGCGCCAGUGCCAUAUCACAUCUCUGUUUCGAUCUCUCAUCAUCGUGCCAUCAUUCAUGAGUUCACCAACCUCUUCACGGUGCCGUUUCGUCUCCUUCGCGCACUGAAUGAUGUGGCUUCAUCACCUUGCAGUCUCUUAUCUCUAAACAUUGUCCGAUAUCGCCUCCACUGCACCGGAGACCGCGGAAAAAAUCUGAGACUAAAGCGUAACAGAUUCACUUCAGCUGAUGCGACGAUGAUGAUGAUGUGCGUCUUGCAGAAUAUUGUUGAUGCAGAGAAAUUGAAGAAUGAAUCUCGAUUCAAGGUUAAAGCUCGGGCAGCAGGGAGGUUGUUUUGA